AGCUGAUUGACAAGCUGGACAGCAUGGUGUCAGAAGGGAAAGGUGACGAGAGCUACAGGGAGCUCUUCAGCCUACUAACCCAGCUGUUUGGGCCCUACCCCAGCCUCCUGGAGAAGGUUGAACAGGAAACAUGGCGCGAGACCGGCAUUUCCUUUGUGACCUCAGUCACCCGCCUCAUGGAACGUCUUCUUGACUACAGGGACUGCAUGAAAGGAGAGGAAACAGAGAAUAAGAAGAUCGGCUGCACUGUUAACCUGAUGAACUUUUACAAAUCUGAGAUUAACAAAGAAGAGAUGUAUAUCCGCUAUAUCCAUAAGCUUUGUGACAUGCACUUGCAGGCUGAAAACUACACAGAGGCUGCAUUCACCCUGCUCCUUUACUGUGAGCUGCUGCAGUGGGAGGACCGGCCACUGCGGGAAUUCCUCCACUACCCAUCACAGACAGAGUGGCAGCGGAAAGAGGGACUGUGCCGGAAGAUCAUUCACUACUUCAACAAAGGCAAGAGCUGGGAGUUUGGGAUCCCACUGUGCAGGGAGCUGGCAUGUCAGUACGAGAGCCUCUACGAUUAUCAGAGCCUCAGCUGGAUUCGGAAAAUGGAGGCUAGCUACUAUGACAGCAUUAUGGAGCAGCAACGCCUGGAGCCUGAGUUCUUUCGUGUUGGCUUCUAUGGCAGGAAGUUUCCUUUCUUCCUUCGGAACAAAGAAUACGUGUGCCGCGGCCAUGACUACGAGAGGCUGGAGGCCUUCCAGCAGAGGAUGCUGAGCGAGUUCCCGCAGGCUGUUGCCAUGCAGCACCCCAACCAUCCUGACGACGCCAUCCUUCAGUGUGAUGCCCAGUACUUGCAGAUCUAUGCAGUGACUCCCAUUCCAGAGUAUGUGGAUGUUCUGCAGAUGGAUCGGGUCCCAGAUCGCGUCAAGAGCUUCUAUCGUGUCAACAAUGUGAGGAAGUUCCGGUACGACAGGCCUUUUCACAAAGGCCCCAAAGACAAGGAGAAUGAAUUUAAGAGCCUCUGGAUUGAGCGCACCACACUGACCCUGACCCACAGCUUGCCUGGCAUCUCUCGGUGGUUCGAAGUGGAGAGGAGGGAACUGGUGGAGGUGAGCCCUCUGGAGAAUGCCAUCCAAGUGGUUGAAAAUAAGAACCAGGAGCUACGGGCCCUGAUCAGCCAGUAUCAACACAAGCAGGUGCAUGGCAACAUCAACCUACUCAGUAUGUGCCUGAAUGGUGUCAUUGAUGCAGCUGUCAACGGAGGCAUUGCACGCUACCAGGAGGCCUUCUUUGAUAAAGAUUAUAUCACCAAGCACCCAGGAGAUGCUGAGAAGAUCACCCAGCUCAAGGAGCUCAUGCAAGAGCAGGUCCAUGUCCUUGGAAUUGGACUAGCAGUUCAUGAGAAAUUUGUGCACCCAGAAAUGCGACCUCUGCAUAAGAAACUGAUUGAUCAGUUCCAGAUGAUGCGGGCCAGUCUCUACCAUGAGUUUCCAGGUUUGGAUAAGCUAAGUCCUGCCUGUUCAGGCACCAGCACCCCACGGGGAAAUGUUCUGACUUCUCAUAGUCCCAUGAGUCCUGAGAGCAUCAAGAUGACCCAUCGGCACAGCCCCAUGAACUUGAUGGGUACAGGCCGCCAUUCAUCAUCCUCUCUCUCCUCACAUGCGUCUAGUGAAGCGGGAAACAUGGUGAUGCUGGGCGACAGCUCCAUGGGCGAGGCUCCUGAGGACCUGUACCACCACAUGCAGCUUGCGUAUCCCAACCCCAGGUACCAGGGCUCAGUCACCAACGUCUCUGUUCUGUCCUCGUCCCAGGCAAGCCCUUCUUCCUCCAGCCUGAGUUCCACUCACUCAGCACCAUCCCAGAUGAUUACCUCUGCCCCUUCCAGUGCCCGAGAUAAGUACCGCCAUGCCCGGGAAAUGAUGUUGCUGCUGCCCACACACCGGGACCGCCCAAGCAGUGCCAUGUAUCCAGCAGCCAUCCUGGAGAACGGACAGCCACCAAACUUCCAGCGGGCCCUGUUCCAGCAAGUGGUUGGAGCCUGCAAACCCUGCAGUGACCCCAAUCUGUCUGUGGCUGAAAAAGCGGCGCCAGCAACCCCCAGCAGCUGGAGCCUGGAUAGUGGAGCCCGAGAGGCCCAGCCCUUCCUGUCUGCCCAUAUGGGGCACAUCCUGGGCCCCCCAGUGCCUCCCCGAAGCCUGCUGCAUGGUCAUUAUUCCCUACACUUUGACGCCUUCCACCACCCUCUGGGUGAUACCCCCCCGGCCCUCCCUGCCCGGACCCUGCGCAAGUCUCCCCUCCACCCUAUCCCCGCAUCCCCCACAAGCCCCCAGUCAGGCCUAGAUGGCAGCAACUCUACGUUGUCGGGCAGUGCCAGCAGUGGCGUGUCCUCCUUGAGUGAGAGUAACUUUGGGCACUCCUCAGAGGCUCCACCUCGCACAGACACCAUGGACUCCAUGCCAAGCCAGGCCUGGAAUGCUGAUGAAGAUCUUGAGCCACCCUACCUCCCUGUCCACUACAGCCUCUCCGAGUCCGCCGUCCUGGACUCCAUCAAGGCCCAGCCAUGCAGAAGCCACUCAGCCCCGGGAUGUGUCAUCCCUCAAGACCCCAUGGACCCGCCUGCGCUGCCACCCAAGCCGUACCAUCCCCGCCUGCCAGCUCUGGAGCAUGAUGAGGGGGUUCUGCUGCGUGAAGAGACUGAGAGGCCUCGAGGCCUGCACCGCAAGGCCUCACUGCCUCCUGGGAGCACCAAGGAUGAGCAGGCCCGCAUGGCCUGGGAGCACGGCCGAGGGGAACAAUGAGGGGCAGAGAGGUGGCUGGGAUGUCACCCUCAGCAAGCAGCUUGCCCAACCACUCCAGGUCUGAAAAGCGAACCCCCUCCCCACCCUCCUCCACCCCCCAGGGAGCCAGAGAGGCUUGGCACUCAGGAGAGAACCACCCCAAGUCUCCAUUCUACUGCCGUGAACUCAUGUGUUGCCAUGUACAGAGGCCACAGCAGCAUGAAGGGUUGUGGCUUCCCUUUUUAUUUCAUUUUUUUACAUUUCCAUUUCUAUGGGUUUUCCUUUCUUUAUGCAGUAGAUGCUUUCUUCCUCCUCCAGUUCCAGGCCAUGUGGAACCAUGUGGAGAAAUUGCACAGACAGAACGCUUUGCCGCAUUACAGGGCUCAGGAGCAGAAGCCCAGGCCCUCCCUCCAGGGUAGAGAUGCACAGAAUGGAAAUUGCACUAGGGACCUCUUCCUUUGCUAUAUGGACAGAAAAGUUCAUGGUUGCAUUCAGGGAUUGCAAGGACCACAUGGACUACGUGUCACAGGUGGAUAAAGGAGCUACAAGCCGUUUUGCACAAAUGUCUGCCCACUCUUCUGUCUAGGAGUGUGCAACUGAGGAGCUGGCCAGGCCAACAUGAUGGCUUAGGCAUGUGACUGGCCUAACUGCAUGCCCAGGGCAUACUGCCAGGCUUCUAUGGGCCAGCCAUCUCCUACUCCAUCUUCUCUCCAUCAUUUUUAUUUCUAACUGUUUGUUCCCUUGGACUGCUGAUACACCUCAUGCCCCACAAAAGUCCCUUGGCAAAUGUAUCUGCAAGGGUUAUCUUCCACCCUCCCGGGCUUGCGUGAAGUACUAGAGCCCAAGGGGUACCCUAGCCACCUUCCUCCUGGGAGAGCCAUGUGGUGAAGAGUGAAGCUGGGGUGUGGCAGGGGCCGGAAAUCCUCUAAGCUUUCAGAAGCAUUUAGAACGUCUGCCAUCAGCUCCUGAAUCAGGGAUUUUCAGCACUACCUCUGAGCCAUGGAGUUGGCUGCCCACCCAGGCUUCCCGGGCCCUGAGGAUGUGGUCAGAAUUAGCAAGAUCCUGGGUAAAGAGGCUGGAAGCAGACAGCCAUGCUGGUAGAAUUGUCAUCUCCCAACUGGCCAAAUACAGCUCCUCCGCUCCAAGGCAUGUGGGUACCACCUCUCAGGGUUCAGGGCCAGCAGGAAGGCAGUUUCUCCAGCCUCUCCAGUCUGUUGGGCAGAAUGCAGUGGUAUCUUUAUAGGAAACUCUUUCAGGCCAGGGCACUGGUUUUCCUGUUUAUUAUUUGAGAGGAUAGAAUGGGGUAGGUAUAGUAGUAUUUUAUCAGGUGCUUCUAAGUUACUUAAAAAAAAACUGUCUUCAAAGUACUUUUUAUUUUAUUUGCUUGAGUUCAUGUUAGUGAUGGUCAUAAGGCUGCCUUCUUGUUGAGCAGGCAUGUUGCCCCCAGUUUGUCUCCUGCUGGUCUGUCUGUCCUCAAUGGCCAGGCUCUGGGCCCUAACCCUCCAUCCCUUCUACAUAACCCCUUUUUCCAAACAGAAAAGGCCAUGGUCAGGGUCUUUUUCUCUUAUAAACAAACGCCAGCUUGUUUAACAGAAAUGCUAGUAAAUUGAUGUAUUGGGAAAGGUGGAGGGCUAAAUUACCUUCAGGGUUUCUGGUUGUUUAUCACCAGUAUGAGUCCUUUCUGAUGCCACUGAUCAUUCCAAGCAGACAGGGGCAGAUGGCUGCUGUGAAUGUGGGUCAGUCGUGGCAGUCCCCCCACUUGAAAGGGCUGGCCAACUUAUGAGCCUAGAUUCACUUGCAACUUCAGUCUCUGGACCUUCUGGUGUUCACAGGUGUUACAGGGUCGGACUAGCUUUAAGUUUGAUUCUUAGGUAGGAGGGCAUUUUAGAUUUCAAGGCAGUUCUGAACCUGAAUCCCUGUAGAAAGUAGUCAUUAAGUAAGAACAACUACCUUCUCCACUUGAUGGCACAUGAAGUAGGGAGAGGAGUGUGGGUUUGUUUAGUCUGCUUUAUGUAAGGUGAAACUGUUUCCGUCUCCAUUUUCCCUAACUCAAUGAAAGGACACAUUCUGAAUCCUUUUCAGUGGAGAAUCAGUCAGUCUGAGGGAAGUGGGAGGCCAGAGAUGAGAACCCUUUGAAAAGAUUGUAAAAUACUGAUUUUCAUUCUUUCAAGCUUAUUUGUAAAUACCUAUUUGAAUGCUGUGUAUUUGUACAGGAAUUUGAGCAAAAAAUGUAUAAAGUGUGAUGUCCAAUUGGUAUUCAGCCCUAUAAAUGUGUUUUUAACCUCUGGCAUUCUGUGCUUAUUUUAAAACAAGACAACUUCUAACCAUUUCUUUUUGUGUAUCCAUGUUUAAAGAAAAAGUGAUUUAAAAAUGAUCUUACUGUACCAGAAAAGCAAAGUUAAAAGAAAAAAAAAUUUGUACUAAUGUCCCAAGAGGUAUUUUACUGUAUAUAUUGUGGUAGCAUGUUUGAAAUCCAACAAGUAAGUAAUGUGAAUUUUAGAUGUAAAUAUCUGCCACUUGAUUUUUCCCCCUUUUCCCCACUCCCUUGACUGCUGUGAUGUGAAUUAAAGAUGAAUACCUGCUACUGA